CUGUGUACUCUACUGUACAGUGCUGUAACUAGCUGCUUUAUGGGUGGUGUGCCCACUCUGCAUUGUGCGUUAGCGUCGCACCGGGCGCCUAAGCUGCUCUUCUCACUCGCUGCCCGCCCACUCAUUCACUCCAGCCCAACUAAAUACACCACCACGCCCCCCUCUCACCAGGCCGCCUCUUCUGGCCCCCGAGAUCUUUUUUUCUUUCUCUUUUCAUUAUCGUCUGUGACAUCCCCAAGAAGCUCGGAAAUAUCAUCUUUGUGAUUGUACAUUUCCAUCAGCGAUCGCAGUGUGGCCUCACCGUUUGCCCGUGUACUUAGCUCAACUUGACCAGGCGCCAAAAAAGCUCUGAACCCCAAGUACAAACACCAUCACCACUCUCUCCUCCUCCUCUUUUUCUUCACGACAACCGACAAAUACACCGCAACUAUGCAGAUUCAAGUGCUCCUUGCUCUGGCCCUCGCCGCCAUUGUCCACGCCCACACCGUCAUCACCUACCCCGGCUGGAGAGGCAACUCGCUCAUCACCAACGAGACCUUUCCCUACGGCAUGCAGUGGAUGUAUCCUUGCGGCGGCAUCGGCACGACCAAAAACAGAACAUACUGGCCCACGUCCGGCGGCACCGUCGCCUUCCAGCCCGGCUGGUUCCGCGGCCACUCCCUUGCCAACAUCCAGGUCAACCUAGGCUUCGGCACCGACGGCCCUGACAAUGGCCCCCAGAACAUGUCCAACCCCAUGGUCAAGCUCUUCCAGAUCAUCGGCCCUACCAACAACCCGUACCCGGGCACCGUCUGCCUCACGCAGGUCCCUCUACCCGUCAACGCGAGCGUCAAGCCUGGUGAUCUCGCCACCAUCCAGAUUGUCGAGCACGCCCAGCACGGCGCUGCUCUCUACUCUUGCGUCGACAUCAUCUUUGCCGAGCCCGGCGACAAGCGCAUCGCAGAGGUCAACGAGACAAACUGCUUUAACUCGACCCAGAUCGGCUUCGGCGAUGUCUACACCAUUACCACAAAGGAUUCUGGCUCCAACAAGUACGUCACCUCCGCCGCUGAGGCUACACUCCAGCGCGCGGGUUGGUUCGGCGUUGUUCCUCUCAUGGCUGCCGUCUCGUGGCUGUUGCUGUAAACAGGCAGACAGUCUGCGCUGUGGGAACAGACCACAAGCACGUAGAGCAGAGGGUGGCAGAGCAGAGGCUAGUUUGGGUGGAUUUGACCCUUUAUUUAAAAUGGCGUUUCUGGGAGUUUUUACAUACGGCGGUUUUACGCUCUUUUAGUGGACGGGAUGGGACGGCGUCUCAUCUUUAUCUAGUUAUUUCUGUACUCUUUUCGUGUGCAUAUACAGACACACACUCAUAUAUACCUUGCGAUAUAACCAAGCACUUGUAAAUAUCAACUACAUGCUCAAAGUAAUUGGCCAAAGAUCAAAAAAUGGAAAUCUAUAGUGUUUUAUUCGUCGCUAUUGCUAAAAUGCUUUUACGCAAUGAGUGUCUUGCACUCGUCCGCUACGCCCUUUACCCGCUCCUCGUCGCUCUUCGUUCCCGCACCAUUAACCAGCCCAUACAUACCCUCAAUAGUAGCAGCCUCGGCCUUGGAUGCUGUAAGUACAGUUCCAAGCGCCACCAGACCGCGGUAGAGAAUCUCAGAGUCGUUCUGGUCCCGCAAAACUGCACCAGCAAGCAGCAAUAGGCGACGGCGCUGCUCCGGUGACAACAGCUUCUCCUUGUGCACCAAAACCGACAGGUUAAUCGCCGCUGUAGUAAUAGCAAUUAGCACGUUGCGGUUAAACUUGCCAAUUGCUUCGCUACCAUCUACUCCCAAGGUGCGCUCCAAAAACGCCAGGACCUUGUUCACGUUGCUGCUGAUCAGGCUGCGGCCAUCAGCAGACGCAAACAAGUUGGCAAUAGUUCGGCAUCCCAUCAUGACAGCAUUCUCGUUGGGCGCUUCCUCAGAUGGUAAGCUGCUCUGGAUGGCAAUGUCAAGCAACGAGUUGCCUUCUGCGUCGACAAACUUGGCGGCUGUGUGGUAGCGUGCCAGGCACCGCAGCACGUCCAAACCAGCAAGUCUAUCACCAUACGGCCACUCCGUCACGAUUUUGACGGCUACUGAGACAGAAUCUGCUGAAACAGCACCAGAUGACUGUAGCGAUGCCUUGAGAGACUGUAGCGCUGCCUCUUGUCCAGGGUUCAGCGCAGUAUCCUUUCGGCCGGAUGAAAUCAUGGUCUUGUUAACGUUGGAAAUCUUGUUGAAAAUGGCUACUAAAAGUUAGCACUGGGUGAGCAUAGAUGAGAGUUAGUUAAGACGUACCGUCGAGCUUGGCGGCAGUAAUACUGAGGUAUUCCGUCUGGGGGAGCACCUUUGGUAUCUGCUGCUGUUGCUGCGUAUCCUCCCCAGGUCUGUACCGCGACUCGGUUCCGUAGGGAUCAGCUUCAGCCUGACCAGACUGUUGGCCUAGCGUGGCACCUUGUGUAUUCUGCGUAAUAAAGUUGGCAACAUUGUCGAGGUAGGUGAGAGGAAGUUCAUUAUCGUUUAGGAACUUGGUCGCGCGUUCGUAUGGGUUCUCGGAUAGGUUGUAAGGAAGCUUCAGCGGUGGCUUGCCGUCUUCGAUAUCAACGUCAAAGACGUAGUCGUAUGACUUGCCUUGAUAUUCCACCUUCUUGCCUGUGCUACCGACAGCAUCAACAACAGUACCAACAUUAAUCCACUGCUGCUGACCCAUGGACCACUGAUGCGCGGUGAUGUUGCCAUUAUCCUCCUUAAUCAUCUGUACCUGACCCUCCUUGGUGCCAGACUUGUUUUGUAGAAACUCUGGUCCAGGGAGCUUUUCCUUGUUGAUGCUGCCGACUUGCUGUUGCGGAAUGGAGGAAGCCUUGACCGACUCCUCGAAUUCUUUAAGUGUCUCGGCAUCUGCAUAUUGGUCUUGGUGGCGGGUAAAUACACGGGCAAUUCCAUCACUAGCACCAGUAACAAUGUUGCCUGUUUUUGGGUUGACAGCCACUGUCCAUACAGAAAUGGCCGGAUGUGUGAUGGUCUGGACGCAGUCCUUGCCCUUCCAGAUACGCACCGUUCGGUCUUCACCGGCGCUGGCAAUUUCUCCACUAGGGAGAUAAGCUAGAGAGUAGACAAAGCUCUCAUGUCCAUGCAGCUCGGCAACCUGCUGCCCGUUCAAUUUCCACAGGCGAAUGGUACCGUCAUUGCUGGCGCUUGCAAUCUGAGCUCCAGUGGGGUGGUUGGGACCCAUGCGGCACAGCGCGCGAACAACAUCCGGUGUGUGAAUCGUAGCCGUCGGAGUGACUUCACCGCCAGAAGCUUUUGUUAGGUCGAAGACACGAAUGCUCUUGUCGGCACAACCGGUAAUAACGGUUGUGGCAUCGAGAGCCAAAACAGCCCAAACCGACACACCCUCGUGACCAGUUAGCGUGAAUUCUGUCUCCCAGAUAGCGAGGUUCCAGACACGGGCUUGUCCAUCCCAUCCUCCAGAUACUAGGUAUUUGCCGUCGGGCGAGACGUCGAGGGUGCAGACGUUGUGAGCGUGGCCGACCAACAGGCGUUCGGCAUUGUCGCUAGAGCUGCUUUUCGGGGACUUGACUUCAAUAAUUGUGUCCUUUCCGCCAGCAGCUACCAAGCCAUCGGGGCUGUUUUGGUUCGGAGGGAUGAAUGUGACGGAGUUGACGUAUUCUGAGCCUCUGCUGAGAAGGGAGGCUUCAAACGUAGGCGGGGUAGGCUUGGAU